UCGGCUCCACCAGAGACCAGCACCAUGAAGCUUUUCACGGGCCUCGUGUUCUGCUCCUUGGUCCUGGGAGUCAGCAGCCAGGGCUGGUUUGAAUUCAUGGGCCAGGCUUAUGAAGGAACCAAAGACAUGGUGAGAGCCUACUUGGACAUGAGGGAAGCCAAUUACAAAAACUCCGACAAAUACUUCCAUGCCCGGGGGAACUAUGACGCUGCACGAAGGGGACUUGGCGGUGCCUGGGCUGCUGAAGUGAUCAGUGAUGCCAGAGAGACUUAUCCAAGAUUCACCGACUUGCUUAAGCAUGGAGACAGCGGCCAUGGAUUGGCAGACUCACUGGCCGACCAGGAAGCCAACAGAUGGGGCCGGAGUGGCAAAGACCCCAAUCGCUUCAGACCUCCCGGCCUGCCCGACAAGUACUGAGCUCCUUCACUCUGCUCUCAGGGGACAGGGCUGUGAGCCCCCCUAAGGGCAGGGACCCCGCGUCAUUGAGUUCCACAUCCCCAGAUGCUGACAGAGGGCACACAUAUCUGUGUAAUAAAUGCUCAAG